AUGAGUUGCCCAUUUAAGUCACUCUAUGCAAACAAACCACAAUCCAAUAGCGCAGAAGAUACCAUUACAGGGUGGGGUUGUCAGGUUAUAAAGGAUGGUGGAUUAAAUUUUUAUAUUAAAACAGAUAAAUUUUUAGAAUGUGAAUAUCACGAAGGAGAUGAAGAAGAAACUGCUUCAGCUUGUCCAUUUAGAUUUCACUCAUCAACAAAUGCCAAAAAAAUAGAUAUGAAUGAAGUAAAAAAAGAAAUCCAACAAAACAAAGAAAAACAAGAACAAAAAAAAAAAGAGUUCGAAGAAAUGAAACAAAAGAUGAACGAAAUCGAUGACGAAGGACAUUUUACAAUACCUUUACUUAAUAUGCCACCAUUUUUAACCUUUAAAGAAACAAAAGAAAUUUUAUCGAGUAUGGAAAUGAAACUUAAAGAUAACAAUUUAAAAUGGGACCAACUUCACUUUUAUAUCAAAAAAAAUACACAAGAUAACAAUAGUAACAACAAUAACAGUAACAACAACAAUAAUAAUAAUUUUACAUUAAUUAAUGAAAAUAAACAAUUAAAUGAAAUCAUUAAAAAUGGUAUCGAUUUAAUAUAUUUAAUAUAA